AUGAUUGAUGGCUACUAUCAGUCCUUUUAAACGCCUAAGUAGCCCCCUCUUAACAGCUAAACAAAUCAUUAAAAUUUUGGUUAAAAUUAAAAUCAUCAAAGUGAGAACAUGCAAACAACUGAAGAAGAUAUUGUAAAUAGCAUCAAUUAAUAGCUCUUAAAAUAAUAAGAUAGACCUCCUUAUUAUAAUUAGAAUAUGCUUUAUAGGAUGUUUACAAAUAAGAAAAAAAGCAAAUUGAAUGAAAAAGGUGGAUCUUCUGAAUUUAGUAGCUAAAAUAGUGAUUAAAUGAAGAAUUUUGAAUAAAAUUAAUCUGAAGAAGAAAGGGAUAAUUAGAGCUAAAGUCAAUAAAAAAAAGAAAGUAAUAGCAGCUAAUUUUCUAAUAUUGAAAUGUCAAAUAUGAAUGUUUAAUAGCUGAAAUUAUUUAAGCAAUCUUCAUGUUAAAUUCAAGAAAGAUAAGAAGGAGACGAAUGUAAUCAGCAAUUUAACAAGAAAUUGACGAAGAGGAUGAAAAAUGAUAAAGGGAAUUAAAGCCAAGGUAGUUAAGAUGAUGAUGAUGAAGGGGAAGACGAAGAAGAUUAUUAAUCUUAAGAUUUACCCUAGGGUAAGACUAAUUGGUAGAAAUCUUUUUUAAAUGAGACUUUAGAAAAUGUAAAAAUAAAGUCAAGCUCUUUUAUGAAUAGAAGUGCAAGCUUUAAUUUAAAAAACAGUGAUAAUUUUAAUAUUUCAGGAGACUUGAUUUAAUCAAAAGACGGAGACAGUGAUCAGUAAUAGCAAACUUCUCUGAGUAGUAUAGCCUCUCCUUUUGUAAGAAAGUAAAAUAAGCGAACUUUAUCAUUUGCAUUACCUUCGAAUAGAUUUGGUAAUAAUAUGCUUGGUUCCAACAAUAUAAUUGGGAAUGAUAAAAUUUAAAAUAUGCAAGGAGAAUUCAGUUAAUCUAUGGGGUAAUUAACUGGUGUAAAUUAAAGGAUGUCUGUUUCUUAAUAAUCUUAAUCACCACAAAUUUAACAAUAAUCAAAUUUGAAUGAUAAAAACUCAAUUCUAAAAGUAUAUAAAAAUUAAAAAUAACAUUACUUUUUAUAGAAGUGCUUCUUCUAUUUAAAUAGUUUUUACAGGUUCAAAAAAUUAUCAAGUGAUCAUUUCAAAGCAAUGGACAAAUCAGCUGUUAACGGAGAGAGUGAUUAAGAUGAAUAAACUCUUACAGAAUAUGCUUAAUAGCAGUUUAAAUACAUACUUAUCAGUCUCCUCCAAGUAAUACCUGUUAUUUCUCCUUCAUCUCACUUUAAAAAUAUUUGGGAUGUCUGCUAAAUGAUUGUUUAAGUAUACACAUUUUGGAUUCUUCCAAUAAGUAUUUCAACUGGCAGAGAUCUCUAUGAUCUAGUUGGUGAUCCUAUUUCUCAUAUAACGAUUCCAGUUUUUUUGCUACUUGAUUUAAUAGUCUCUAUGAACACUGGAUACAAUAAAAAUGGUGCAACUGUAUUAGAAAAAGAUAAAAUUAUUGAUCAUUAUUAUUACGAAGGCGGGCUAACUUUUGAUAUUUUAUCACUGAUUAGUAUCAUUUGUUUAUCUUUCAGAAAAAAUCAUAUUCAUGAAAAUUUUGAUAAUUAUUAUGAUCCUACAACUUAUCUUUUGCUUAUUUAUUUUGUGAAGUACUUUUAAUUUUGCAAGACUGCUAAAAAAGUGGAAGAUCGUCUUGAUUUAUCACCUAAAAAAAAGAAUGCUCUAUCUCUCUUUAAUCUGCUUGUGAAUGUAUUAUUUAUAUCUCAUUUAUUUGCUUCUAUAUGGAUAUUCAUUGGCCGACAGCAAUAAUUAAUGAUAGGAGAUUCUUAUCUCAAUAAAAGAACAAUAUAUAACUUGGAUUGGUAUGAUUGGUAUAUUUAAACUAUUUAUUAUGUAGUCGUAACAAUGACCACAGUAGGAUAUGGUGAUAUUGUACCAGCAACAAAUACUGAAUUCAUUGUCUCAAUAGGAAUCAUGCUAUUUGCCUGUGGUAUUUUUGCUUACAAUGUCAAUGCUAUUGGAGCCAUUCUAGAUGAAUUCUACAGGUAAAAGAGAAUCAUAGAUGAAAAAAUGGCUGUUAUUAAUGCUUACAUGAGCAGACAUAAUAUUAAUUUAAAUCUAAGAUAUCAAAUUAGAGAUUAUUUAGAAAAUUUUUGGAUUCAAUCAGCAGAAAAGCAUGAAGAAAUGGAAUCUAUGAUUAUUAAUGAUUUGCCUAAGUAUUUAUAAAAAAAUCUAAUUGAAGAAGUUAAUCAUGUUGUAUUGAAAAAAUCUCCUAUAUUUAGAAAAAAUUUUUCUCGUAACGUAUGCAUGAGACUAUCACAUAUAUUGAAAGAAGUGCAUUACCCGCCAAAUUAGUUAAUCUGCUCAAAAGAUACUUAGGAUGAUAAUUCCAUAUAUUUUAUUAGAAAUGGCACAGUGUAAAUUUCUUAUUUCAAUCCAUCUUAAACUCAUUAAAAUACUCAUUAAAAUCAAUAAAACAACGGAUAAAACAACUAACAAAAUUAGACUAAUGGAGCGCCUCAUUAACCAUCUCCAUAAACUAGCUUUUUAAUCACAAAUCCAAAUAAUUAAGGAUAAUAAAUAAGUUAAUAAAUUAAUAAUUAAAAUGCCACACCUCAAUUUUCCUAAUCAUUUUACAAUUUAAAGAAUGGAGAUUCUUUCGGGGAACUCUCUUUUUUCACUGGCUAAAAUAGAAGUGCAACAGUCAGAGCAGUUGACUUUACAACUCUCAUAAAAAUAGAAAGAUAAGAAUUUAUUUAACUACUUUCAACAUCUCCAGCUGACUAUGAAAAGUUCUGCUUUAUCAAGGAUAGGAUCAUGUUUAAAUAGGCAUAUUAAGAUAUUGGAGUAAAAUGUUAUUCUUGUUAAAGAUAUGAUCAUUUAAUCAGUUAAUGCCCUGUUAUACACUUAGUGCCAAACAAAUACAUCACUUUACUAAAGUAUAAUUAUAAUCCAGAAAAUAAAGAAAGAGUAAAACAUGACAGAUCAGAUCGAGCUAAGUUUCAUUCUAUUACAGAAACAGAGAUACUAAAGACGGCUGCUUAGGAGUUGUAUCCUGAUGGAAAUUUUGAUUUCUAGAGUGGAGAUGAAUUGGAGUCUACAGAAUCGAGUGGAUCUAGCUCUCAAAGUUCUUCAUAAAGCAAUUCUGAUGAAGAUGAUAUGAGCUAGUCUUCAAAGAGCGAUAAGAGCCAUAACUCAAAAAAGUCUGUCAGCUUUAACAAUAGCUAAAACAAAAUGUCUCACUUUCAAAAAUUUAGUGAAAAAUAAAAAUCCAUAAGUGAAAAGAGUGGAAGUGAUAGCUCAGAUUAAAGCAGUUAAAAUAGCAACUCUGAUAGUGAUGAUAAUAAUAAAAAAAAAUCUAAAUCAACUUCAUAAUCAUUAAAAAAAUUAAGUAGUAGCAAUUAGCUAAAAACUAUUCAAGGACUUAAUAAAAUUUCAGAAACAAAAAAAGAAUAGGAUUUUAGUGAUAGUGAUUAGUCUUAAAAAAGUUGUCAUAUAAAUCCUAACAAAAAAAUACCUCUCGGAGAUAAGUUUUAAAUUAUGAAUAGUAAAAAUAAAUAAACGAAAGAAAUAGAAUUUAAUUCUAAUAGCAAGCAAAGUUCAGUUUAUGAUAAAAAUAACAAUAAAAUACAAAAAAAUAGUCUCAUUAAGAAAGGAGGAGGAGGAUAACAUUCAUCUUUUAGUUCUAAAUCAUCUUCUAUGUUAGUUACAAAUUAAUAAAAUGAUCAACUCUUAUUAUCUCCUUAAAUGUGUAAAAAUAAUAAUGAAAAUAAUAAAAAUUUUGAAUCUAAAGACAAAUAAACACUUAAAAAUUUUAACAUGCCAGAUGAGAAUAACAAUCAGUAAACUCUAAUGAAAUUAUUCCAAAAACUAGUUGAUAAAUUUAUAGUAGAAGAAAACGAGGGAUAGACUGAUUAAGAUUAAAACAAUUAAAGCAAUUAAAUGGUUGAUAUUGAAGUAGAUUUUAGCUAAGAUUUUUAAAUAUAUUAUCCUCAGUAUAACUAGGCAAAUAUUAUUAAAAAAUAUAAUGACCUUACUGCCAAAUAAAAUCAAUCUGCAUUUGUAAUGGCGUUUUAAAUUAGCAAAAAGCAAGAUAUUAAAGAAACAGAAUAAGACAGUCCUACAAAAUCAAAAGGUAGGAGCUCUGUUUUCCUUAAAUUCAAUCCUCGUUUUAGUAUUGCACCAGCAGGUCUAAGAUGA